AUGCCUAUCUCUAACGGUGAUGCACUUGGCCGUGCCAUGAAGGCUGAGAUCCAGGACCACACCAAGGCCCUCGAAGUUCUGGAGAAGGAUUAUACCUCCAGAGAUGGUCUUGAUGUUGAUACCUUGCUCGAUUCGGACAAGCACGGAGCAUUGACUUACAAUGACUUCCUCAUCUUGCCUGGUUACAUCGGCUUCCCUGCGUCGGAUGUCACUUUGGACACCCCGGUCACCAAGCGUGUCUCCCUGAAGGCCCCUCUCCUCUCUUCGCCUAUGGAUACCGUCACCGAACACAACAUGGCGAUCCACAUGGCUCUUCUGGGUGGUCUGGGUAUAAUUCACCACAACUGCUCUCCUGAAGACCAGGCGGAGAUGGUGAGGAAGGUGAAGCGUUAUGAGAACGGCUUCAUCUUGGACCCCGUUGUUCUUUCUCCUAAUGCUACUGUCGGAGAAGCCAAGGAGCUCAAGAGCAAGUGGGGAUUCGGUGGCUUCCCUGUUACUGAAAGCGGAAAUCUUCGGUCUAAGCUUGUUGGAAUUGUCACCUCCAGGGACAUUCAGUUCCACCCCAAACCCGAGGACCCAGUCACUGCUAUCAUGUCCACUGACCUUGUCACCGCCCCCGCUGGUACCACUCUCGCCGAGGCCAACGAAGUCCUCCGUUCCUCGAAGAAGGGAAAGCUACCCAUUGUGGACAAGGAUGGUAACCUGGUCUCUCUGCUGUCCCGCAGCGAUCUGAUGAAGAACCUUCACUACCCCCUUGCGUCUAAGCUUCCUCAGUCCAAGCAACUGAUCUGCGCUGCUGCUAUCGGUACUCGUGAGGAAGAUAAGCGCAGACUUCAGCUGCUUGCUGAUGCUGGUCUUGACAUUGUUGUUCUGGAUAGCAGCCAGGGCAACAGUAUGUACCAGAUCGAGAUGAUCAAGUACGUCAAGAAGACUCACCCCGAUAUUGAUGUCAUUGCUGGUAAUGUUGUGACUCGGGAGCAAGCUGCACCUUUGAUUGCAGCCGGUGCCGAUGGCCUGAGAAUUGGCAUGGGCAGCGGCAGUGCUUGUAUCACCCAGGAAGUCAUGGCCGUCGGUCGUCCUCAGGCUAUCUCCGUCCGCAGCGUUUCUUCUUUCGCUGCUCGCUUCGGUGUUCCCACUAUCGCUGAUGGUGGUGUUCAGAAUGUUGGCCACAUUGUCAAGGGUCUUGCCAUGGGCGCCUCGACUGUCAUGAUGGGUGGUCUCCUUGCCGGUACCACUGAGUCCCCCGGCGAGUACUUCGUCAGCAACGAGGGCCAGCUUGUCAAGGCCUACCGUGGUAUGGGCAGUAUCGCUGCCAUGGAGGAUAAGAAGGCUGGCGCCGGCUCUAAGGACAGCAAGGCUAGCAACGCCGGUACCGCCCGUUACUUCUCUGAGAAGGACCGCGUCCUUGUUGCUCAGGGUGUUGCGGGCUCUGUCCUUGACCGUGGCUCUGUCACCAAGUUCGUUCCUUACCUUGUUGCCGGUGUGCAGCACUCUCUGCAGGAUAUCGGUGUGCAGAGUCUCGAGGCUCUCCACGAGGGUGUUAACAAGGGUACCGUCCGAUUCGAAAUGAGAAGCGCCAGUGCCAUGGCCGAGGGUAACGUCCACGGUCUGCACAGCUUCGACAAGAAGCUCUACUCUUAA